GCACCAAGAGAAGAGAAAUCAAGUGAGAGCUUGAGAAAUAGAGAAGAAAGAGUUAGGGAGAAAUUUUUAGUUGCAAGAAGAGUAGAGGUUCUGAAGGGUUUCAGGGGAAACAAAUUCGGAGCAGGAGAUUAUGUCUGGAAUAGAGAUGCAACCUGAUGAGGAGCUCGACUUCCGUCUCAUAAUCCUUCUUAUCUUUGUGGUCUUAUGCUUGGGUGUGUUGAUAUGCGUGUAUAACAUAACAAGACCCAGAGGUAUAUCAAACGCAUUCAAUAAUGCAGAGGGAGCAAGACAAGACAUGACUGAGGCGGAGGUACGCUUUGAACAGAUUACCAGCGCAUUCAAUAACGACAAGAACGGCAUACAAAAUCAUAGGAGGGCUAGAAUUGGACGUGGUGAGUCAAGCAGGGCAGCGAAUUCCGAGACAGUGAAUCAAGAAGUACUGCAGAUUAAGAAUGUUUUGGCAAAGUUGAUUGCGUACUUGUUUGGAGAAAAGAAUCAGUUUAAUAAUAAAGAUAAAAGUAAUUGAGAGCUUAAUUCAGUGAGAAGCACCAGAAGGAUGAUGAACUAAUUUCCAUUUCCAUAUAAUACAAAUGUGGGAAUAUAAUCUGUAACAUUCUCGCUGCAAUCUACUGCAAUCCAGUUUUAUCGUUAUCGUAUUAUUUCCGUUGAAUUUAUUUUAAGCUUUCACAUGAAUGGUUGUAUCAUCUUAAUGUUCUUCUGAACUUUCACAUAAAAUAAUUCAAACAUAUCGUUUCUUUUUCUCGUUUAAUUAUUUAAUGCCAUUGUAAUUUAAUUCUUUACUCAUCAUUAAAUAUAUGAAAGAUUGUAGCAUUUAAUAUCGUA